GAAGGGAAUCAUUUGGCCGAUUACGUCAUACUUUCGUCGGCGUUUCUUCGCUUGCAAACGCCGUCGCUCUUUACAGUUGUCGACGCCGCCUAAAGCCCCGGUCGUGGAGAAGAAUACUUUUCCAGUACAGGGAGUGCAAUAAGAAGGAACAAAGUGUUGCGCAUUGAGUUACUCUCCUUGUGUUUACUUGCCACGUCUGUGCUUGAAACUGUGACCAUCCGCUGAACUGCAGUUGUAAACUUCGUUUCAGCGAAGCUGUGUGCUAGACUUCGGCGAUAAUCGUCCAUCAUCACGGCUGCCGGUGUUACUCGAAGUCUUGGACACCAAAGCCAGGGAUGUGCAUUGGGCAUACGUAAUGGAGGCACCGUGGCAGCCGAAGUCAUCGAUACAGAUGCGUCCCCUGAGAGCUCUAACCACAAGGAGGUCCCAGGUCUGCGGACGCCCGGUUCCAACAUGUUUUGGUGCUGGCAAGUGCAUCGUCAUUCUGUUAUUCACCACAUGCAUUACAGCGAGACCGACGGCAAGCGAUGUUCUGUCUGCUGACCGUGGAGCAGUCGUCAACUGGAGCGGACUGACAACGUCGAGCGGGGACGCCAUCCUGUACCGGGUCCUUUACAAGCCUGUGGCGAGCCUUCUCAAAAGCUGCGCGAUCAAGGAAACCGAAGAGGUGGAGGUGGCUACUCCGCCAGGAUUGAGCAGCGUAACGCUCAGGGAACUGCGCCCGUACACUUUGUACAGAGUCGCUGUGGUGGCCAUCGGCGCCAGAAGAGUGCCACUACUGAACACCACGUUUCAGACUAAGGCUGCAGCUCCUGAUGGCCCGCCCAGAGAUCUACGUCACUCGACGUCAGCGGCCUUCCUCGAAGUGCUCACCUGGUCAGAGGUGGCGUGUGACCUGGCCAACGGUGAGAUACGCAGCUACUACUUGAAGUUGCACAGCGGUGACCCCUGGGAGAUGGAAACACACGAGCACAACGCCACCUCGACCGUGCACACUUUCGUCAACUUGGCGCCUUUCACGCGCUACGCAGCCAAGGUUUUCGCUCAAAACGACGCUGGCCGUUCGCCGUACUUCGCAUCUGUAAAUUUCACCACCGCCCCAUUCCCUCCGCCUCAGCCGACCGACCUAUUGGCGUCACAUCUCACCCAGGACAGCGUCCGCGUGUCAUGGAACGCCCCGUACCCUCCGCAUGGCGUACUGGAUAACUACCGGCUCCUUUUCUGGAGCGGCAAUGACAAGUCCAAAGCGACGGAAAUAACCAUCGUACACGAGGAAUGUCGCCGCAGGCGCCGCUUCGUUGCCAGGCACUGCUAUACUGUCAAAGGUCUGGAACCACGAAGCGUCUACCGCUUCUCGGUAAGGGCCGCCAACAAAGGAACGUCCUAUUCGCCCUACUCCGCCGAGCUCGUGACAAAGACUAAGGACUCAGGGCCUCCCCGGGACCUCCACAUUACAGAGCGAACGGAGCACAGUCUGAAGAUCCUGUGGUAUGCGGCCGACGGCAAGGAAUGAAGAGUCCAGAACGUACACGGUCAAUUCCUCGCUAAUUCACACGUUCAACGAGACUUUGGCAGAAAUCUCGCCACCACAGUCGUCUGUACUCAACGGUUCCAAAGAGAGGGAACUCCAUCUUUCCGGACUUCACCCCGGAUCAACGUAUCUCGUUUGCGUGCAAGAAAACACAGCAGUCGGCUCCGGUGAAGCGGUCUGCGCGAACUUCAGCACCAGACCUUCCAUUCCUGUAAUUAAGCGAGCACCCGGAGUGGACGCAGUGGACGGCAACACAGUCACUCUCAAUCUGACUCCGGUCGACUUCCACAACGGGCCAUUGACAGCCUACUACUUGCUGGUCGUGAAGAAAGUGCACGAAGUUGUGGCGCCCAUAAGGCUUGUGAACUUCAGUUCCGCGGAAGACUUGCACCUCGGGUACUACGUGGGAGCCAGUUUCACAGCGGAGGAAGUUGGCGAUGGGAUACGGUUCGUCGUGGGUGCUGGAGACACCGUCGGUGGCUUCGCCAACCCUCCACUCGAAGCCGGUGCUCCGUACAGCUUCGGAUGGGCGGCUGAGACAAAUUUCUCGGGUGAAACCUUGUAUGGCUACCGGCUCACUGCGCCAAUAAUCGGCAAGUAUAUUCUCCCCUUUGCUUCUCUCGGGCAAAAUCAACCAAAU